AUAACGGUUUGAGUUGUCGCUAAAUCCAAGACUCCUUUCAUCCCGGACUCAAACCAAUAAGGACUUAACAGUAACCAAAAAUAAUUUUUACUGAAAUCGGUUAACAGAGCAUUUGAGAGCAAAAAACCCGCGGAGAGAGCUUUUUGCGGAAUCAACAACUUAACGCGCGCACUCGCAUCGGCAGGACGAAAGCAAGGAUUGCCAUUUGAAGGUGCUGGCGGAACUCGGAGAAUACAAUUGAGUACAGGACACAAACGCGAACGCACACGCUUCGAUUGUGGGCGCUGCCACGGGAAAAUUAAGUUGAAUCAGUGCCUAACCAAAGAAAUUGAAAUAAUUGCUAAAACCGAAGAUUGUCCUGAUUCAACUUGCCAACUACUCGCCAUCUGAAAUCCAAAAGCAAAAUUUAAUUUUAACAAAAUCAAUACUGAGAAUCAACAAAUGGAAAGAUAAUAUAAUUUACCAGCCAACAAACUACUACCACGAAAAACCCGCGCUAAAACCAACUGCAACCAACGAGCCAACCCAGCUACAAGCGAUACAAAAUCAACAACAAUUUUUGGAAUUAAUUUUAUUUGAUGCGCGCGCUCAUAAAAAUUUACAUAGAAAGCGGCAUAAAAUAAAUACACCCGGCCAGCGAAACGCGAGCGACAAAAGUGAAUUGGUUAACCAUGGAAAAGGCGUAACUGGCAACUGCUGACCCAGGCCCUAUAACUUUAGAUGAGCGCGCCACUGUGCCACAAUUUCGGUUUACACCUGUCGAAGCUGCCACUCCCACGAGUAACUUUUUCUACCGCACCGAAAAGAGAACUACAGCCAGUGAAAACAACAACAAGAAAAACAAAUAGAGCAGUAACAACAACAACAACAACAACAGUGAUAUGGAACUGUGCAUAGCAACAAAGUCAAAAACGGAAACCGCUCAGAGUUCAAUGCAGCAAAGCAGCAGCAACAACUAUCAAAAGAAAUGCCACCAAAAUCAAACAAAUACUCAAGUACAGAGCACUCAGCGAAGCAAUUGCAGCAGCCACAGAGAUCGAGACCACCUGACAAAACAACAACACCAACACAAACAACAAAAACAGCAACUGAACCAACGAAUAAAUAGUGCAACAGCAACAUCAUCAAAUUUGAACAGCAGCAGUAGCAGCAGCAACAUCAUCAGCGAAAGUAGCAACAGCAGCAGAAAAAACAGCAGAAAACCGAGCAGCAGCACACAAUUAAACACGCUAUAUUCGCUCUUGGUGAUUUUGAUAGUCGGCCUUGCCACCGCCACCGUUACCGUUACAACGGUUUCCGCCUCCCCCACCCCCUCGCACUCCGAUCCCUCCCCCUUUUCCCGCGAGAGCAGGCGCGAUGCUCUUUUGGCUUACUACAAGCGGGCCCACCUGCCGCCGCCGAGCAGCGGUGCCACGUCCCCGGGGCACGAGUUCCACCUGCAACACGAUGCAGCCGGCCUUGACUUUGACGAGCUAACGCCCACCGCCAGCGUUGUGUCCGCCCUCAGUCGGGCGGAGCGUUUUCCCCUGCGUAAGCGCAGUGCCACGCCCACAACGCCCGCCACUGCAACAUCGCCAAUGGCAGCUGCAAUCGCAAGUGCAACUGCAACUGCGGCAGCAACACCUUCGAAGGAGGCGGCCAGCAGCCAAAAGCCGGAGGAGAAGUGCGAGCCAAAAGUACUGGAAACGCAGCCAGAUGAGCCGUUUUACGACUACACAGACAUCGCCGAGGAUGCGGCACGCCAGUUUAUUGAAUUUUUAUCGGGCAAAUUCCCCAAUGCCAACACACCGAUUACCAUCGAUGAGGCGACACGUGCGGAGGUGAGUCGUCGAGCCAACGGAAUCGCCAGUUACGCCCUCAACGAGGACGACAAUCUCCUCGCGUUCGCCAUCGCCGCGCCCAGCAUUCACACGGUGGUCGUUAAGUUCAGGGACAACGUUACGAUACCACCGGAUCAGGUUCACAACAAGGCAUAUCUGGGUUCCUACUGGCGGGAAUUGGGUGCGGCCUGGAACAGCACGGACGGCACUCAGGAGUGGGGUGCUCCCUUCCGCGACUGCAACCUGUUGACGCGUCGCUGGCUCUGGCCAUUUCGCAUAUCCUUCAGCGAGCACAGGAUCAAAGUUGUGGCGGCUGCUUUUAUUGCCGCCGACGAGGAUGUGUGCAACGAUGGCUUGGAGGAAGUUUUUGGGCGUCGUCAUGGCUGCGAUCGCAAUACGACUUUCUGCCUGCUCACCGAAAAUAAACCCGCCGCCACGAGGGAUGUUUAUACGUGUCUCUGCCGGGAGUCCUACUAUCUGCCCAACUCCACUCUUCAGGGAUUCCGCGGCGAUCGAGUGGAGCUGUCCGAGGGAUACGACAACUAUUCGUGUAUUCCGUGUCCUGGAGGAUGCUCCAACUGCGACUCCAACGGCGUCUGCCUCACUUUCCAGGAGGAGGAGGUGCUCAACGUGGACGCCUGCUUACGUCUUCUGGUGGCCAUCGUUUUGGGCGCCUGCAUCCUGUGCUGUGUCGUCCUGGGCGUGAUUGUCUUCAGGCAGAGGAAGUGCAAGGCCAUCGCCUCGGGCAUGUGGACUGUGCUGGAGACGAUACUGCUGGGCAUUGUUUUACUUUAUGCAUCUGUUGCCGUCCAUUUCUUUCCCGCCUCCACCGAGCGUUGUCUUUUGGAGCCAUGGCUCCGUGAGCUGGGCUUCAUCACCUGCUACGGAGCGAUAAUCCUGAAGUUGUAUCGCCACCUGGUGGACUUCCGCACCCGCAAGGCGCACCGCUGGGUGCUGAGGGACGUGGACCUGCUCAAGUACCUGGGCACCAUGGUCUUCGCCGUCAUCUGCUACAUGGCCGCCUUCACGGCCUCCUCGUUGGAUCUGCUCGAGAGUGCCCAGCUGGAGAGCCUUCGGGAGGCGGACACGAACACCUGCCACCCGCUCAAGUGGGAGCUGGUCACGCAGACCAGCGAGAUGCUCAUCCUGUGCUUCGGCCUGCACCUGUCCAUCGCCAGCCGGAAUGCCAACACUCAGUUCAGGGAACGGCAAUUUCUGGUGACCGCGCUGACACUGGAGUUCCUGGUCUCGUCGAGCUUCUACUUUCUGCGCUUCGUCUACCUGCCGGAGAUGAGUCCCAGUGCCAUCCUGCUGGCCCUCUUCGUCCGCUCCCAGCUGACGAACAGCUUCGCAUUGGGCCUGAUAUUCGUGCCAAAGUUGUGGUACCAGCACAAGCAGGGUACGUCACACGAUGCCGGCCAAAGGCUCGGCGGAGGAUAUGCCGGGCUCUGUCUGGGCGAUCCGGACAUCGGCGAGCUGACCAUAUCCGAAAUGAGUCCCGAGGACAUACGCGCCGAACUCAAAAGACUGUACACGCAACUGGAGAUAAUGAAGAACAAGACUCUGAGGCAGGACAAUCCGCACAUCAGCAAGCGACGUGGCGGACGCAAGGCGGGUCACCGUCGCUUCUCCCUGCAGAAAAAGGGCAGCAAGGAUAAGGCUCUAAGUGCCAAACACCGCAGCAACAAGCAUCAUCAGGAUAUCGAGAUCACCGAGGCGGAACCCUCUCGAACUCCCGAGGAUUCGGUUUGCAGUGCCGAAGGACCCACGGACACCUAUGCGGAAAUCUCCGGCGUAUCCCACUCAAUGCUCUCCCACUCGAUGGUCUCCCACUCCGUUGUCUCGCACUCAAAGUAAGGAAUUUGAACUAAGGAGAUCGCCGGAUUGUUGAGGAUUAAGGAUAACCUAUGACAUAUUCCCGGCGAUCAGAGAGAUUUGUAUAUAAGUAUUAAACGGUACGAUACAUGUUGGUAUUUGUAGAUAAUAUGUAUGUGAGAAAUAGUUAUUAUAUAGCGCCACAACACAAACAAUAA